UUGGCAUUAUUUCACAGAAUCACAACAAUUCAGCUGGGACUCACCAGGCGCUUUUAAUUGGAAAAAUUUAUUAUCCAAAAUCUUAAUUAUUAAAAUUUGCAUGGUGCAAACUUAUACUGUCCUUCGCUGAGUUUCGCGUGAUGUACCGUGCGCCUGGGACUGGGAUCAAUCCCGAAAAACGUUCCAGGUAUGAGGCUGGGAAAACGAAUGGAAAUACUGCAGAGAAGGAGGUAAUGGAAGAUUCGGAAUCCGCUCCAGAACUAGUGCGAGUGCUGGAAGGACAACGCUCCAUCAUCAGUGCUCUAGAUUUCCACCCGUUGAAAUACCAGAUUGUUACUGCCAAUGCGGACGGCUCUGUUGGGCUCUGGAACGUUAAGCCGGAUACCCGCGCUCACAGGCUCAUCGGUCACAGGGAGGUUGUGCUGUGCGUGCGGUAUGCUAAGGAAGGUCAUAUUUUAGCGUCUGGAUCUCGUGAUAAAACUAUCAGGAUAUGGAUCCCCGGAGUACGGGCUGAAUCGAUGAUGCUGGCGGCACAUUCUGGAAGCGUUUCGGCGAUAGAUUAUUCCACUGAUGGAUUAUCCUUCGUAUCUUGUUCCCAUGAUAAAUCAAUCAAAAUUUGGGAUACCAGACGCUUCACAUUUUUAACCAGUUAUACCGGCCAUUCCAAUUGGGUGAAUGCUGUCAGCUACUCUCCCGAUAAUUCCAUUCUGUUAUCCGGUAGCAGCGAUGGAACGAUAAAAUCUUGGAGUGUAAAAGAUAACUGCUGUAUCCGGUCUUAUGAUUCCUUCGGUGGUGCCACCAGGUCUGUCGCUUACCAUCCAUCCGGUAACUAUUUUGCUGCGGCAAUCGAAGACGGUUGCGUUAAGGUGUGGGAUUGCCGGAAGCAUGAACUGUUGCAACUUUACCGAGUGCAUGAUGACGCUACUACCUGUGUAUCGUUCAGUCCGUCGGGAUCUCACUUGUUGUCCUCGUCCGCGGAUUCGACUUUGAAGAUCAUGGAUGCUGUUGAGGGACACCUAAUAUACACUCUAUACGGACACGAAGGCCCGGUUUCUUUCAUUAGAUUUGCUCCUACGGGGAAAUUCUUUGCUUCUGCCGGCAGCGACGAAAGAGUUCUAAUAUGGAAAACAAAUUUUUCAUGACCUUGAUCCAAUUUUAUUGUAGUGGUAAAUUUUUCGGUAUUGUUUAUUUGAUCUCACUGUUGUGCAACACUCCCCGUUUUGUUGUGCAUUUUUGAAACCCGACUUUGUGAAACAAAAGGAAAUCAUACAGUCUGUACGUCUGUCAAUAAACUGCAAUAUGAAUA